AUGGAUGAUUUUUACAAGAGUUUUAAUCGUUCGGUGUUCGGAGAUAUUGACUGUGAUUCACCUGAUAAGCACAAACCCGCUGAUCUCGUAUUGGGCAGCUCAGACAAUGACAGCAAUUACGAGAUGAAUGGGGGCACUGUGAUGGCACUAGCUGGUGGUGAUUUCGUUUUGCUGGCUGGCGACACUCGAUUGAGUAGCGACAACUACAUCCUGUCGCGGGAGCAGACCAAAUUGUUCAAGAUGACGCCAACGGCGGUGUUUGCAUCCUCGGGAGCGUGGUGCGACGUCAUCGCGUUGAAAGGUCAGCUCGAGAUGCGCAUCCAGCUGUACGAGCUGGAACACAAGAAGACCAUCUCGACCGAAUCCCUGGCCCACCUGAUAUCCAUGAUGAUGUACGACCACCGCUUCUCUCCCUACUACACGUGCACCAUCCUCGCUGGCUUGGACAGUAAGGGCAAAGGCGCCGUUUACUACUACGAUCCCAUUGGAUCCUAUGAGCGCGUCCGUUAUCGUGUGGUUGGCACCUCGUACGCUUUGCUGCUGCCCUGCUUGGACGUCUUUUACGGCUGGGAGAACAACCGGCUCACGCCUCCACUGAAGGAUGAAGACUUAACCAUGACAAUGGCCGUGAGGAUGGCACGUAAGUGCUUGUAUAUUGCCUCCGAUCGGGAUAUAUAUUCGGGCGAUAUGGGCGAGCUCCUGAGCGUCACCAGCGAAGGCAUGAAGUCCAGUACCAUUAAGCUGCGCGCCGAUUAG